UUUGAAACACCAACUACCGACCUUGUCGCUCUUCUCCUAUAACUAUCUUUGUUUUCCUCACUGCCUUGGAGCUCAAGCCAACGCCGAUUAGGAGAUCGGAGGAGGAAGCUAUGGCCGAUCCCUGGCUCAUCUCCUUCCUCUUCUUCACCAUCAUCUUCUUGCCCGUGGUGGUCGUCUACUUCGCUUACAAGCACGAGGAGCCGAUUGCCGCUCCCUGCUUGGCCGAGAUCGGGAUGCCCCCGGUGCCCGCGACCGCCGCACUCACCUCGCCUUCGCUGCACAAGGAUCGGACAAGGAGGAGGAGACGAACGAAGAACCAGGAGUCGACGGUCGGCGAUUUAGGGCCUCGGUCGACAGUGCCUUCGACCGCCUCCGCUGCUGUCGUGAGCUCCGACCGACCGAGUAGGAGGAGACGCGGUGGCGUUAAGACCCUGGGCGAAGCCAGCGGAUCAGGUGGUGUUCCCUCGCCACCUGGUCUCGGUGAGCAGAGGAUGAUCGUCCAAGAGAUUUGUGAGGUUGGACUCGAGAAGGAUGUUAAUAUGGAGGGUGAUCUGGACGUUCUUUGCUCCAAAGAGUAUUUCGGAAGAAAAGAAGAUAAGAGGGUCGAGGUUGGUAGAGUUAAUGAUGAUUCGUUUAAGGAUGAAGAGGAAGAGGGCGAGAAAGUUGUGGAACCGAUUGAAGGCGAUGCGAAAGGGAAGGUAGAUGCUCGGGAAUUGAGUGAGACGAGAGGAGCAUCUUUGUUACACUGUGACGAUGAGUGGGAAGGGAUCGAGUUGAGUGAUGCGGAAAAUUUGUUCAGAGUUGCAACCCAGUUUGUUGAUGCAAAUAACGGCGCGGAUGCAGUGUCGAGACUGAGUAACGAGUUGCAGAUGCAGUUGUAUGGACUCCGCAAGGUUGCGAUUGAAGGUCCAUGCUAUGAGCCACAACCCAUGGCGUUCAAGGUUUCUUCUCGCUCAAAAUGGCAUGCUUGGCAAAGAUUGGGGAACAUGGAUCCAGACGUUGCCAUGGAAUUGUACAUCCGUCUUCUUACUGAAAAUGUUCCAGAAUGGAUUGCAAAAAAAUCAUCGGUAACUAACUAAGCAACACAUUCCCUUUUGUAUAUAUAUAUAUUCAUUCAUUAUUUUGCUGGCAAUGCAACUUCACCAUAAUGCAGCCGUUAAUUUAAA